ACCUUCGCCCAUGCCUUUUAUGCCAUCCGGAAGGACCAGAGGCUCAGCAGCCGCGCGACGCUUCUUCCCCUAGUCAGCUUGCUCUGGCUGAUGGCGGUUAUCAAUGAAGCGUGUAACAUUGGCUUCAAUUCGAACGCGUGGCUUCAUUACGAUGGGACGAGCAUGUCUGCGUAUCACUACUUCACCAGCAACCAGGCGUCCGCACUGAACGGAGCCGCAUUGGCCGGGGCAUUCUUCACCGUCAUUCUGGCUGACGGCUACUUGCUGGUGCGAUGCUACAGAUGGUGGAAGAACUUGUGGGUUAUUAUCCCACUGGCUAUGCUAAUGCUCGUGUCUUACGUCUGGGACUUCUUCGAGCUCGUGUACACCGCCGGGCACGCAGUCGAAGCCAACAGCGGCUGGGUUAUGCCCUUCUUCGGGAGCUGGCCCAUCACCAUCGGCCUCGCCGGGGCCCUCCAUCUUAUCUACACCGUGUUGUUGGCCUCUCGCGUUAUCACGCACGCUCGCAAGACAUGCAUGGAGGUUUUGGGGCUGUGGGAGAUCAGCGUGGAAUCUGCCUUCCCGUACGGCUUUGUCUCGCUUGUGUUCAUGAUCCUCUAUUGUUCGAACUCGGUGGCGGCCAAUGGCUUCAUACCGAUGCUGGUGCAGCUCCAGGGCAUCACUGUUGACCUGCUCGUCGCCCGUACGUUGAAGCUCGAGCACCGCUCUGCUAUCGCGCAGCUACCUGUGCCGGUCGUGGCGGUUCAAACGCAGAUGGUCGUUCCGACCUCGGACUCCGCAUCUACGACCGCUCCGUCUGCGAGCAUAUACGACGAGAAGCUCACGCUCGUGAAGAUGUCGAGUAUGUGGAAGGCAUCAGCGCUCGAAAAGAAGGAGCCUGCGCCCCCGGAGUAUCCGGGAAAAUAAAAAUGAUCUGGCCUUGGUUAUGUUCUGGUACG